CCGUAGGCCCGUGGCCUCAUAGGUGCGCCGACCGGCCGCACCGAACGGCCACCGGAAAGAUGUCGCUGCUGCGGUCAUUGCGCCUCUGCCUGGUCGUGCGGCCCGGGAGCUGCCACCUGAGCGCGCUUGGCUGUGGUCCCCUCCUGCCUUCCUUGCAGGCCGGGCUCCCUCUGCUUCCGUCGCCCCAGCCGUGGCAUACAUUUCACUCUGGGUCCUGGCUGUCCUCGGCUUCCAGCAAGGAGCUCCUCAUGAAGCUGCGGCGGAAAACGGGCUACUCCUUUGUAAACUGCAAGAAAGCCCUGGAGACUUGUGACGGGGAUCUCAAACAGGCAGAGAGCUGGCUCCAUAAGCAGGCCCAGAAGGAGGGCUGGAGUAAAGCUGCGAGGCUCCACGGGAGGAAGACCAAAGAAGGUCUUAUUGGGCUGCUGCAGGAAGGAGCCACGAGUGUAUUAGUGGAGGUGAACUGUGAGACAGAUUUUGUUUCCAGAAAUUUAAAAUUUCAACAGUUGGUCCAGCAAGUAGCCCAGGGAACCCUGUUGCACUGUCAGAACUUAAAGGACCAGCUCUCCACAUACAGCAAAGGCUUCUUGAAUUCCUCUGAGCUCUCUGAACUUCCAGCAGGACCCGAGAGCGAGGGUUCUCUCAAGGAUCAGCUGGCCUUAGCGAUUGGGAAACUGGGAGAAAACAUGAUUCUGAAACGGGCCGCGUGGGUGAAGGUGCCAGCUGGGUUCUAUGUUGGCUCUUACGUCCAUGGGGCCACGCACAGCCCCUCGCUCCGCAACCUGGCGCUGGGGAAGUACGGGGCCCUGGUCGUCUGCGAGACGGCAGAGCUGAAGGCAGACCUCGGAGACCUUGGCCGCCGCCUCGGGCAGCACGUGGUGGGCAUGGCUCCCCUCUCUGUUGGCUCCCUGGACGAUGAGCCCGGGGGAGAGGCGGAAACCAAGAUGCUGUCGCAGCCGUACUUGCUGGACCCUUCCAUCACACUGGGACAGUACGUGCAGCCCCACGGCGUGGCCGUCGUAGACUUCGUGCGGUUUGAGUGUGGAGAAGGCGAAGACGCAGCAGACGCCGAAUAGGUUCCAGAGACUUUGGGCCCAGGAGGACGUGUUUAUUCUUAACCCUGGACAUUUACAAAAAGACGUUUACUUCCUAAGCCUCUUCAAACCCAGAAUUUGUUUUUCAUUUGAGUUUAUAAUGAAAUUAUAUACUUUGUGGGUAAAGCUAUUAAAUAAAAUUGUUAGGUAAUAGAGAAA